GGAAACAUUCGCUCUGCUGUUCGCAGCUGCCUGUUCUUCCUGUGCUCUCUCCGACUUCCCCCGGAGUUGGGGGCGAACCGGAGUAGAGAAGGGGCUGAGUGGAGGCUUGGGGCUUCUUCUUGGAAGCCGUUGGUCUAAGCCAAGCGGCUUAGGGUCUCCGACUCCUUGGGGUCUUGUUGGCGCCUUGUCAGCAGAAGCCCCUUCGCAUCUGCCUCAUUCCUGGUAAAAAGUUACCGGGGUUGCAGAUCGGAUAUAUAUAUAUUUUGUCUUCUUCCCCCGGCUCUGACCCGAACAUGGUGAUGUUCAAGAAGAUCAAGUCGUUCGAGGUGGUCUUCAACGACCCCGAGAAGGUGUACGGCAGCGGGGAGAAGGUGGCGGGCCGAGUGGUGGUGGAGGUGUGCGAGGUGACGCGCGUGAAGGCCGUCCGCAUCCUGGCGUGCGGCGUGGCCAGGGUGCUGUGGAUGCAGGGCUCGCAGCAGUGCAAGCAGUCCCUGGAUUACCUGCGCUUCGAGGACACGCUGCUCCCCGAGGACCAGCCCACAGGUGAAAAUGAAAUGGUGAUCAUGAGACCUGGAAACAAAUAUGAGUACAAGUUCGGCUUUGAGCUUCCUGAAGGGCCUCUGGGAACUUCUUUCAAAGGAAAAUAUGGUUGUGUGGACUACUGGGUGAAAGCUUUCCUCGAUCGCCCCAGCCAGCCCACUCAAGAGACAAAGAAAAACUUUGAAGUAAUGGAUCUGGUGGAUGUCAAUACUCCUGAUUUAAUGGCACCGGUUUCUGCUAAGAAGGAGAAGAGAGUUUCCUGCAUGUUCAUUCCCGAUGGGCGGGUGUCCGUCUCUGCCCGAAUUGACCGAAAAGGAUUCUGUGAAGGAGAUGACAUUUCCAUCCAUGCUGACUUUGAGAAUACGUGUUCUCGAAUCGUGGUCCCCAAAGCAGCCAUUGUGGCCCGCCACACUUACCUGGCCAACGGCCAGACCAAGGUGCUGACCCAGAAGCUGUCUUCAGUCAGAGGCAAUCAUAUCAUCUCAGGGACUUGUGCCUCAUGGCGUGGCAAGAGCCUCCGGGUACAAAAAAUCAGGCCAUCCAUCCUAGGCUGCAACAUCCUGCGAGUCGAGUACUCAUUGCUGAUCUAUGUCAGUGUCCCUGGCUCCAAGAAAGUCAUCCUCGACCUGCCCUUGGUGAUUGGCAGCAGAUCAGGCCUAAGCAGCCGGACAACAAGCAUGGCCAGCCGAACCAGCUCGGAAAUGAGCUGGAUAGACCUGAACAUCCCUGAUACCCCAGAAGCUCCUCCUUGCUAUAUGGAUAUCAUUCCUGAAGAUCACCGAUUGGAAAGCCCCACCACUCCUCUCCUGGAUGACGGGGAGGACUCUCAGGAUAGCCCCAUCUUCAUGUAUGCUCCCGAGUUCCAGUUCAUGCCGCCACCCACAUACACUGAGGUGGACCCAUGCCUCAACAACAACAACAACGUGCAGUGAGCAGACAGAAGAAAAGCAGCAGCUGUCUCUACUUGUUUCUUACCGCCUCUCUUCCUUGGACUCUCAACAUUCAUAGAGACUUUCCAGUGGCGUGUGGGUUACCCCCAACCUCUGCCUCUCCAGCCUAGGCAGUGUGAUCAGCAGGCCACCCUCAAGCCAGUACCAUUGUUGUGAUAUGGGAGUGUUUGCUGGAUGGGUUUAAAGACACACCGCACCUGUGUCAUUUUCUCAGAUCUCCUUGGAUAUGAUGACACUUUUGUUUUGUAGUGGUUGGGGUUGAAAUGACCUGCUGGCAUGUCCUUUCCAGGGUUGGAUUUUCUUUCUUGUUGCUGUUUUUUUUAAAGGGAAUUACAGAUUUGUCAUAACAUCAAACCUCAAACUUUAUGUGCCAUCACGUGAGACAGAGCCAAUGUAACAAGGAUAGAGGGGAAAGCAUGGCUCUGCUCAACAAAUUUAGGAAGUGAAAAAUUAAAAAAAAAAUCAGUGUUCCCCUUUGUACACUUACAGAAAAAAAGAAAAACACUCCAAGGCUAAUCUUCGGACUUUGGAAGGCACUUCUUCUGUGGUUACGAGGAAGCUGCUCUAAGGCGUGCUUGCUUAGAGAAUGUACUUUAACUGCCCUACCAAAUGUCUGUCAUGUUGAAAGCCUCUUGCACUGUGUUCUCCUGGCAAAAACUUGCUCUUAUGGGAGACUCCUUUUAUAUUCAUGUGACUCCUUAGAAUUGAAUCUAAGGCGAUGAUCUUAGCAGCACUUUAAUUCCUGUCAAUUUUAUUUUAUUUUUUUUUGUUGUUAGUUUCUCUCCUUACUGCAAAUGUAAGCUACACUUAAACAAGUGUAAGCACAAUAACAACAAAACUUGAGAACCAGGUGUGAUGGCUCAGGCCUGUCAUCCUGGCUGGGUACUCUGGAGGCUGAGG